AAAAACUCACACUUGCAGAAAAACAACAUCCACUUCUACCCAUCUACAACCAACCAAACAACGACCUCUCCAGCUCUCACCAUCUUCAAUUCGCCUUUCCUACCUGAACCUACAUAUUGACACUACUUCGCCUUGUCUAUACGACUUUCUACCUAUUCUCCUACUGUUACCUAACGCAACCUGCAACCUAGAAACCUGCAUACAAAAGACAUACCUGCGCUUGCAUUUUCAUCAUCUACUAUUUUUACUCACGCCCGUUGCCCGUUUUUAAUCACGAACCUUGAAAGUGUAAAAAAUACGCCAAGGCGAGCAAACAAGCUCCUCCACAAAUCCCACUAACGACAACCUUUUUUUCCUACGGACGAUCACCUCAUUCCUUUUUACUAUGCCUUCCUCUGCUGUACAAAACCCUCCCGUGCAGACGGAGUCUAAGUCUGCGAAGAAGAAGAAGGCUAGGGCGAUUCGUACCGAAUCGCCUGCCCCGUCCGCUUUGUCUAUCCCCGAUAAACCCGCUUCCGUCGCCGGCCAAGAUGGUCAGGAUGACACUUCUGAGAACGCAUAUAUUCGAGAGCUUCAGAAGAACAUCCGCAACCUUAACAAGAAGAUCACCAACGCCUCCAAGACGGAUGCCUUGAUCGAUCAGCACAAGGACAAGUCGUUGGAUCAGCUCGUCGAGGAGAAGAUCAUCAAUGUCGACCAGCGCGCCCAGCGCCUGAAGAAGCCCCACCUUGAAUCUCAGCUCGCUCAGCUGGAGGAGCAGCUAGCCCAGUACAAGAAAGUUGACGAGGACUAUCGAUCCCGCUUCGCUGUCGAGAAGGCUAGCUUAGAGAAAUCUCUCUCCGAGAAGUUUGAGAAGGAAAAAGCCGAUGCGGUUGAUGAAGUCAAGAAGCAAGCUGCGGCUGACGCCAAGAACAUCAAGCACGAUAGUCUCCUCGUUUUGUCGCAGUUCCUUCGAUUGGCUGCAGCUCGACGAACCGAGGAAGCCGACCCUACUUCCGACGAGAACAUGGCUUUGGAGGGCGUCCUUCUCAAUGUAUACUCUGGUGAUGAGAAUGCAGUUUCGACUAUGAUCAAACUUAUUGAGGGAUCGGAAGAGACUACGUUCGGCGUUUCUGGAGACCAACUUCAGACGACUUUUGGUCAGGUCAAGGCUGCCGCUGAGGCCCAUGCUGCCCAAAUCGCUGCCCUCGAAGCAGCUGCCGCAGCCGAGCAGGCGGAAGCCGUUGGUGAGGCUGGUGCGGUCAAUGGCACCGACCCGACCGUUGCCAAUGCCGGCCUUACUGAAAUCGACAGUAACGGCACCACCGCCCCGUUGACUAACGGCCAUACCGAAAAGUCGACCGCCAGCUCGGACGUGCCCGCGAACAAUGACGUCGGUGACAACGCUGCUAAUGCUGCAGCUGAGUCUCAAUGGGACCAGAGCAACGAUUUAAGCGCUUCCGUUUCCCAGGAAGACUGGGUUAAAGUCCCUCGUGACCCUACCGAGACCGAUACUGGUCUAACCGCGACUCCCGCAUCCGCCGGGAACGUCCAAUCUUGGGCUGACGAACAGCCCGAGAACCCUCCUCAGGCACGUGCUCCAGCCGACGCAAACGACGGAUUCCACCAAGUCCUGCGCAACCGACCCCAACGAGGUGACCGUGAAGGUGGCUACCGAGGGCGCGGCCGAGGCGACUUCCACCGAGGCGGCUACCGAGGACAUGGUGAGGGACGAGGUCGUGGUCGCGGACGCGGUCGCGGCGGUCAGCGUGGCGGAAGGCCUCGAACUGAGGAAUCGUAGAGGAUUCAAUCCCAUACUUAUCCACCGCGGUCUUACUGUCGCAUCUCUCGGGAUCGGCUCCUGGCUAGAGAAUCGUGGCGAUCAUCUUCUUUGCUCUCAACUACAUCCGGACCCCACCCACCUGGUUGUAGGGGAGAACACUCGACGGAACGGCACUAGUUUACGGAAGUGCAUAUGUAUUUUGUAAAAAGGGAACUGGUGGGACGUCUACUGCAUCGUAUUUGCCCUCUGAUUUCAGGAGGGAAUGGAGUACAGUGGAAACGAACCGGCGUCGGCAUUUCCGCAACGGGUCUGCGGCUGGUAGGAAGGGAAUUCCAGGUGUUUGUCUGUACCAAAAAGCCUUGCUAGCAUUUACGACACGCGAAAAAGUUGGCUGGAGUCAAUGGUUAAUGACACGAUGACCAUGAUACUCCUUUUUUUCCUCACUUCUUUUUUUCCCGGCGUGUGCACUAUGACGACGUGAUAGGAGACGUGCUUCGUUUCUUACGUUUGACUCUUUCGAUUUGAUCCUUAUUAAAUGUGUAGAUGGGGUGGGAGGGGGUUGGUAUGAACUAAAAGCCAAAGAGAGUAGUGAGUAGCUUAAGAGGCGAACAAAGGGCUUGGUUAAACCUGAAUUGCUGAGUCGCGUAGGUAAGUAGUUCUUAUGUGUCUAACCUUCGGUAACCGCUCAUAUGUUGAGAUAAGUCAAAAAU